AUGAACUACACACCAGGCUCAGGGUCGUCCAACGGUUAUCCAAUGAUGAUCCCUCAAUCGUCGACCAACACCGAAGGAACGUUCAACAGUCAACAACAACAACAACAGGGACAACCUACGAUGGUCAACCCAGCGGAUUUAGCAAUGAUAGCUAGACAAGGAUACUUGCAACAGCAACAGCAAUUGGCCAAUAUCAACCAGCAGUACGGUGCUAGACAGAUGUAUGGGAUGACACCUCAGAUGCAGCAGGAACAAAUACACAGACAACUACAAGCUCAACAAGCUGCUGUCGCUGCGGCACAAGCACAGGCAGCGCAAGCUCAAGCUCAAGCACAGGCGCAAGGACAGGGUCAAAAUCAACCAGGAAGGAAAAAGAGAGGGCCCAAACCAUCAGUGGGUUCUCAGAUGAUCGCCCGUCAAACAGCAUCUUUUCAACCUCCAAAUUCACAAGAACACUACAUGAAAAACGCCAUGGCUGUACCAACUUCCUCUCAACAGGCACAAACACAAAUACCACCUCAAGGUGUUUCCGGAGAACCGGUCGAACCGUGGGCAGACGCUUUGGACGAAUUGGAUCCUAGGGAGAUAGCUAUGGGGAGAUUCAGAAAGCGACAUGAGGUCUUGUCAGAGGUGUUUAGUCCGGAUGCUAUCAAGGACAUACCGAAUGGUGAAUACGAUCCAUGGACAGGACUAGGUAUGGACAGCGAGACAUUAGAAGCCAAAGUGCUUGCUUUGGAAAAGGAAAACGAAGAAUUAGAAGCUAGGUCAAAUACGAUUGUGGAGGACUUUAAGAAGAGGUUGCAGGAUAUAGAUGCCGGUGUUGACGUUUCUAGAGCAAACGCUGUUGAGGCUUGA